GCUCAAACCUAGCCCAGCCCCCCACACGCCAAACCGGCCUGCCUCGGUUCAAGAAGGGGAGGGAAGCGCGGCUGUUGCUGAAGGUCCUGCUCUCGCUGCUGGCGUUUUAUCUACGUCGCAUUGAAAGAGCAGCCACCGGGCGGUUAACUUGGCGUCUUUUGGGAUGUUGUUACUAAACACACCGGUCAAGAAGGUGUUUUCCCUAGCUUUCGUGAUACAAGUGUUCGCUAACGGCAGCUAGGCACAAAGGCGUUCAAUCAGCGACCAGCUACCAGCCGAUGCUAGCUAAUGGUAACUAGCUUGCUAACAACACAGCCGGGUCGUCGUGGGAACACAGUAAGUGUUUUGACAUUGAGUGAGCGCACUCCCGCAAAAUAUUCUCUGUCCCAGCGACCUCCACCCCCCUUGCUUCACCCUCCGAUGCGGAGAUUUCAGUAGCACCGGCAACCAAAUCCCCCACGGCGGCCGGACAUGCUGAAGUGUAUCCCCCUGUGGCGCUGCAACCGCCACGUCGAGUCGGUGGACAAGCGGCAUUGCAACUUGCAGACGGUCCCUGAUGAGAUAUUCCGCUACAGUCGCAGCCUGGAGGAGCUUCUCCUCGAUGCCAACCAACUCAAAGAGCUACCAAAGCCUUUUUUCAGACUACUGAACCUACGGAAGCUUGGCUUGAGUGACAAUGAGAUCCAGAGACUCCCGCCUGAGGUGGCCAACUUCAUGCAGCUGGUGGAACUGGACAUCUCCAGAAACGACAUUCCUGAGAUCCCCGAGAGCAUUAAAUUUUGUAGGGCCUUGGAGAUCGCAGACUUCAGUGGAAACCCCCUCUCCAGAUUGCCGGAUGGUUUCACUCAACUGCGAGCGCUGGCUCACUUGGCACUCAACGACGUGUCAUUGCAGACGUUGCCCAACGACAUUGGAAACUUGGCCAACCUGGUGACAUUGGAGCUCAGGGAGAACCUGCUGAAGUCUCUGCCCACGUCGCUCUCUUUCCUGGUGAAACUGGAACAACUGGACCUGGGCAGCAAUGAACUGGAAGUUUUGCCUGACACCCUUGGUGCUCUCCCCAACCUGAGGGAGCUGUGGCUGGACCGUAACCAGCUGUCCUCAUUACCACCAGAGCUAGGGAACCUCCGGAGACUGGUGUGUCUGGAUGUGUCAGAGAAUCGUCUGGAGGAACUUCCCUCAGAGCUCAACGGCCUCCUGGCUCUCACUGACCUGCUGCUCACACAGAACCUGCUGGAGGUCGUCCCAGACAGCAUAGGUUGUCUGAAACAGCUGUCUAUCCUGAAGGUGGACCAGAACAGACUGACCCACCUGACUGAUUCAAUAGGAGAGUGUGAAAACCUCACAGAACUUGUCUUAACAGAGAACCUUUUACAAUCACUUCCUCGCUCGCUGGGCAAGCUGAAGAAGCUGACCAACCUGAAUGUAGACCGCAACCGUUUGGGCAGCGUGCCCAAAGAGCUGGGUGGCUGUGCCAGCCUCAACGUUCUCUCAUUGAGGGACAACCGCCUGGGCAAACUGCCUGCUGAGCUUGCAGAUGCCACUGAGUUGCAUGUGCUGGAUGUGGCUGGAAACAGAUUACAAAACUUGCCUUUUGCCCUGACAAACCUCAAUCUGAAGGCCAUGUGGCUCGCAGAGAACCAGUCACAGCCAAUGCUCAAGUUCCAAACAGAGGAUGAUGAGCGAACAGGAGAGAAGGUGCUGACCUGCUAUUUACUGCCCCAGCAGCCUUCCCCAAGCCUGGAGAACUUGCUACAGAACAGUGUGGAUGACAGCUGGACAGACAGCAACCUGAACCGAGUGUCAGUCAUUCAGUUCCAGGAAGAGACCAAGGCUGAGGAGGAGGAUGAUGAGGCUGCUGCAGAGCGCAGGGGUCUUCAGCGCAGAGCCACACCGCACCCUAGUGAGCUGAAGGUGAUGAAGAAGGUGAUUGAGGAGAGGAGGAACGAGGCUUACUCAUCCAGAGGUGAUGGAGAAGAGUCCCCUGACCCACAGGAGAAGCGGUUCAGUGACCUCUCCAAUCAGAGCCAUGACUCCCAGGUCUCCAACAGCACACUGUCAGCCACCUCCCAUGAGGACAGACAAAAUGUGACUGCCACCUCGCAGAAGGAGGACCUUGUGGAUGGACACUCCCCUCAGGAGGAGGAAGAGCUGGAUGAAAUGGAGGUGGAGUACAUUGAGCCAACUGUGCACUUUGCAGAGGAGCCUAUCAUCCGUGGUGGGGAUGAGGAUGACGAGGAGGACGGGGAAGACGGUGAGAGGAGCGAUGAGGAGGAGAGACCAGUUUUUCCUGCAGAGAAGCAGCGUCUGAUCAGAAAGGACACACCACAUUACAAGAAGCACUUCAAGAUCACCAAGCUGCCCAAGCCUGAGGCUGUGGCCGCGCUGCUGCAGGGCUUCAGUCCUGACGGCCUCAACUCUUCGACUCAGGCUGCUGAGGAUGAGCAGGACGAGGACGAAGAGCAGAGUAUCGGCACGCCUCAGCACCAUCGCAGACUGGAGGAACUGGAGGACAGUCGGCAACAGGUCAACUCCAGUCAAGUGAAGGGGGUGUCAUUUGAUCAAGUCAAUAAUCUGCUGAUUGAACCUGCUCGAAUUGAGGAGGAAGAGCACACCCUGACCAUCCUGCGACAAACAGGCGGCCUGGGUAUCAGCAUUGCUGGAGGGAAAGGAUCCACGCCUUACAAGGGAGACGAUGAGGGAAUAUUCAUCUCCAGAGUAUCUGAAGAUGGUCCUGCGGCGAGAGCAGGGGUUAAAGUGGGAGACAAACUCCUAGAGGUGAAUGGAGUAGACCUCCACGAAGCAGAACAUCACACAGCAGUGGAAGCUCUCCGUAGCUCCGGUGCUACCGUUUCCAUGACAGUGCUACGGGAGCGCAUGGUGGAACCGGAGAACGCCAUCACCACCACGCCACUGAGGCCAGAGGAUGACUACUUCCCACGGGAGAGACGCAGCAGCGGCAUUGCCUUCAACAUGGAGACGAGUCCCAGCGGGCCUCGGCAGCGGCUCUCCACCUGCCUGAUCCGCAACGACAAGGGGCUCGGGUUCAGCAUCGCAGGGGGCAAAGGCUCCACGCCGUACCGCACAGGAGACACGGGAAUCUACAUCUCUCGCAUUGCAGAGGGUGGAGCGGCACACAGAGACAGCACGCUGCAUGUAGGCGACAGGGUGAUCUCUAUCAAUGGUGUAGACAUGACAGAGGCCAGACAUGACCAGGCAGUAGCGCUCCUUACCGGCACCUCCCCCACCAUCGCCCUCCUGGUGGAGCGAGACCUGAAUGCACCAGGGGGCUCUCCAGGUCAGUCCAGGGCACGUGCCCACUCCCCUCCACCUCCAGAACCCUCAGAUUCUCCAGACCAGGAGGAGGAAGGCCUUUCCCUUCAUGGGAACCACCUGAGUCGGAUGGAAGAUGAGUACCCCAUCGAGGAAGUGAUCCUGGUGAAGUCAGGUGGCCCUCUUGGCUUGAGCAUCGUGGGAGGCAGUGACCAUGCCAGUCACCCAUUUGGCAUCAAUGAACCUGGGGUGUUCAUCUCAAAGGUGAUUCCUCACGGUCUGGCAUGUCAAAGCGGUCUACGCGUCGGGGACCGAAUAUUAGAGGUGAACUCCAUUGACCUGCGUCAUGCCACUCACCAGGAGGCUGUGCGAGCGCUGCUGGCUAACAAGCAGGAGAUUCGUAUGUUAGUACGGAGGGACCCUUCACCACCUGGGAUGCAGGAAAUUGUCAUCCAGAAGCAGCCAGGGGAGAAGCUUGGCAUCAGUAUUCGUGGAGGGGCCAAGGGUCAUGCUGGAAAUCCCUUCGACCCCACAGAUGAAGGAAUCUUCAUUUCAAAGGUGAGUUCAAGCGGAGCAGCAGCGAGAGAUGGCCGGCUGCAGGUCGGCAUGAGGAUCCUUGAGGUGAACAACCACAGCCUGCUGGGAAUGACGCACACAGAGGCAGUGCGAGUGCUCCGUGCUGUGGGAGACUCUCUGGUCAUGCUGGUGUGUGACGGCUUCGAUCCAAACAAAGUGGCUGCUGUGGAGGCAUCUCCAGGCAUCAUUGCCAACCCGUUUGCAACAGGCAUUGUACGAAAGAACAGUAUGGAAAGCAUCUCUUCUAUAGACCGAGACCUGAGCCCAGAGGAGAUGGAUAUCAUACAGAAGGAAUCUGAGAUGGUGAGAGAGACAUCGCAGUGGGAACGAGAAGAGAUGGAGAAAGUGGAGCGAAUGCGCUUGGAGCGUGAGGAGGCAACUCGCCUGCUAGAAGAGGAGACUGAGAACAUUGGCACUGGACCUCUAAAACUUGACUACAAAACCCUGGCUGCACUGCCCACCACCAGUCUGCAGAAGGUCAACAGGUUCUCUACUUCUGUUACUCUGGCUGCUCCCAUGGAGGCCACCCUGCAGGCCCCUUUAGAGCCUCUGGGCUUUGGCUUAGGUCACCCCACAACGCCCCUCAGCCACAUGGACCCCGAGUCCUGCCCCAGUCUAAACGCAGAGCACGAUUAUCUUCACGGAUCCCAGUUCUCCCCUAAUGGGACCUCCAGUGCUGACAGUGCUGGCUCAUCAACAACCAUUAGUUCAACAUUUGUACCUGAAGAAGAAGAGGAGGAGUGUCUGGUGGACUCUCAGCCUAUCUGCUUCAAAGAAAACCCUUUCUUGGUGGCCAAUCGCAAAGGCAAAGGCCUUCCGCCUGGAGAGCAGCUCCUGUCAGGGCCUCCUGUGGGCUACGGGAGACAGGGCCAGCUGCAGCCGUGGUUGUUCAGCAAGGCGCCUUCCUCUGACUUCACCAGGACGGACAGCCCAAUCAGGGAAGCCCCCUACUCUCCCACUAUCCAACCGCCCAGCCACCACUCUUCCAACAGCUCCCUAUGCGCAGGCAGGGAGACCCGCUUCGCAAACAUUCAUUACACCUCCACUCCCACUGCCAAGGAAAACACAUCAUCAUCAACGCGACCGGGUGCCAUUCAGCCAGUUGGCCGUGUGCGGCCAAGUACCUCCCCUGCCACUCCGGACGGCCACAGCCCCAACCCCUUCCAGCAUGGCCCCUCCCCCUUCAACUCCCAGACCUCUCCUCGUGCCCCCUCCCCCACCUCGCCCGACGAGUUCCCCAUGAAUGUCAAGCAGGCAUACAAGGCGUUUGCCGCCGUGCCUCGCUCUCUGGCAGUGCUGGAGCCGCCGCAGGACCUGUAUGGUGUGAGGAACAAUUUCCACCCAAAGCAACCCUCUCCAGAGCCUGAGUUGUACAACGAGGUGUUUGAUGACACAGAUGGUCAGGAGGGAGCUGGCAAGGGUCUGACCGACAAGGUCUCCCCCCGGCCCUCCCUCGCCUCUGACCGUCGGGAGUAUAUGAACCUGGCAGCAGUGCCUCGCCUCUCCAGGCCGUCAGUGGACCUGCAGAGUCCUUCUCCUGGUGGUAAGGACAGCCCAGAGCAGCGCUCUUUCAGGGACCGACAGAAGUAUUUUGAGAUCGACGUGAAACAACAGACUCCAGAAAAACCCAAACCUCGAGUCUCCCUCGUUGGAGAGGAUGACCUCAAGAAAAUGCGAGAGGAAGAAGCGAGGAAGUUUGAGCAGCGGGCAGCGGAGUAUCUACUGGAUGAAGAUGAGGAGGAUGAGGAGGAGGAUCUUGCUAAGCAGGUGGCUCAGAUGAAGGCCACUGGCAAGGUGUUGCUGGAUGGAGUGGAGUAUAAGGUGGAGCCAGUAUCCACCCCAUCUCAGCACUGCUCCACACCACCGAGCUACAACAUCACACCACCGAGCUACUGUGGCAGCUCAGGACCCUCCUCUGUUGAUGGAAAGGGAGACUCUCAGAGGAAUUCACUGGAGGACAGCUUCAGGCUGGAGCAGAGGCCCAACUCCAUGACCGGUCUGAUCCCUGUGUACCCCGGGGAAUCAGCGGCUCCAAUCCGUACAGCCAAAGCAGAGCGUAGACAUCAGGAGAGACUUCGUAUGCAGAGCCCCGAGCUGGCUGUGGCCCCUGACAAGGACUUGUCCCCUGCUGAGAAACGAGCUCUGGAGGCAGAGAAGAGAGCCAUGUGGAGAGCAGCACGGCCCUGUGGCCUAGAGGAGGAUGUUAGGCAGUAUGAGCAGGACCUGGCUAAGAGGCUCUACCAGGCCCGAGUGAGGGCAUCUCAGGGCACGGCCGCGGCCCCCCAGCCCCCCACCUCUUCCUCUACCUCCUCCUCUGCAGCCUCCCAGCUCAGAAUGAAAUCUCUGGAGCAGGACGCACUGAAGGCUCAGAUGGUCAUUGCCAAGUCUCGGGAUGGGAAGAAACGUGGGACGCUAGACCAGUUGACAGAGUCGCCCUCACCUGCCCCCACACCUUCUCCUACACCUAUGGAAGAGCUCAGUCCUCGAGGAGUAACCUCACCAGGCAGGCUGUCCCUGUCGUCAAAGAAGUUUGACUACCGACAGUUUGCUGCCAUUCCUUCUUCCAAACCCGUAUACGACAUCCAGUCCCCUGACACAGUCGACGACAUGAAGUUCAUCGACGACGGCUCCGGCAACCCAGGGCCCACCGCAAACCCCGAGGCCGAGGUUCCCACCCCACUGCCGGCCACCUCAGCCCUGGAGGAGAUGGCCUUGUACAGCAACAAGCGCAAACUGAGGCAGGGUCGCCGCAGCCUGGAAACCGCCGUGCCCACGUAACACCUCACAGAGAAGAAACCCAAACACACAUAUUUUUACAUACGCUGUGGAACACACUGGCAAAACACACGGGUGCAUCCACAGGAGGUGCAGAGUCACUAAACACUACACACAGUGUCAGUAGAGCGAGAUUUACUCUCUUAUAUAACCACUGCAGAGACUGAUAGUCGCCACACAUAAACACUCACUUAUAUCCUGCGUGCCAGUCUUGCCUUUACAGUCUGUUGGUGAGUUGGCGAGUUGCUCAACAGUCCCUCAAGGGCAAGAAAGAGCUAGUGUGGUUAGCUAGGAUUGCUACUUACAGACAUUCUUUUUUUUGCUCCUCACUUUGUUUGCCUAGUAGAAGCAGAUCUAUUUUAACAGGAGGUGACCGAAGUUUUUAGUUUCUGUUUUUUAUUUUCAGCGCUCCAAUGAUUUUGUUUUUUUAAAAAAAGAAAAAAAAAUCAUACUGGAAGAGAAAAGAAAUGGGUCAUAGCUAUACUAACUUCUUGAAUGAUAUUGAUAUUUUUAGGCUUUCAGUGAAUAGAUUGUAAAAUGUCAGGGGUUUCUUGAGACUUGGGCAGACAGGAGUGUAUAUAUUAAUUGAGGAGGGAACAUCCUGCUACCUUCACAGUCACACAUUGCGGAGCGCUUUUUAAAAAAAGAAAACAGUACAUAUCGUUUUUUGCACUGCCACUGAUCAGCUUUUUAAGAACGUAUAUCUUAACUAAUUUAUUGUUAUUAUCGCUUUACUCAAAUUGAAGGCCUUCUAUUUUACACUGUUUUAACUCACCCAGUCCUUUGGGGUUCAAGAGGACAACUGGGGUGUAUCAUAAUCUACCAUUAAAACAUCAAACAUACAGUUAUGAGUCAUGAAGCUUUGAACUAAUUAAUUGCAUACUACUUUAUCAUUAAAUCUACUUUGAAUUUACCAAGAUCUUUUUCAGGCAAGCACAUCUACAAAUUAGAUUGCUUGGGUAAAUCGUAGCUGUUGCACAUUAACGUAGUAACACAGUGGGUCAUACCAAAAUGUUGGUAACUAAGCAGACUUCAUUAAAGCAUCUGUCCAGAUGUGUUUUCUGUGUUACAUUUCCCCUGUAAAGAGUAUGAGCACAUGGGAGGCAGCUGCAGCAGCAGCAGCAGCAUAUUGAGCAGGCAGUUUUGCAGACGCUCAAAAGUUCAGAAUAUUAAAUAUCUAAGUUUGGGAACAUGCAUUUUUAGCAUCAUUUACUAAUAAUGGUACUUACCCUGCCUUGUUUAGGGUAUUUUUUUUAAUCAAUGUGAAUCAUUAAUUUCUAUCCUUGCUUUAUCUGGAGGUAUCCAGAGUGACGUGAAGGUAGCAGGUGUUUUAUUUUUCUGUCUAUGGUUAAUUUAAAUCUGAUGCCACUGAAAAAUCAUUUAUUAAUGUGUGAAUAAUGUACAAAUACUGAAAGGAAAGCAAGACUUUGGGUGUGAAACUGAGCCAGUCUUGACCUAGACCAAGCGGGUGUCCAGACUGCUGACAUAUCUGGGUUUGGACAGGCUUGGUAUCGGGAUGCUCUCUGCAUGUAUAUUGGUUUGUUAAUGGGAGAGGCACAACCGAUCAGAAAUCCCUCUCAAGAUAUUGAUCUCAUUCAAACAUUCAGCUCACUGCUUGACAUACUGUCAGUUUAGGUAUCUGACGGGUAUUUUUGCAGAAUCACAGCAUAGUAGCAUUUGUGUUAAUUUAAUGUAGGGUCUUCUAAUUAUAGCUUUCCAUGUUGCGCUCACUGACUGAAAUUCAGUUUGUUUGAUAACAUUUGCAAUGGCUGAUAUCUCUUUUUUUUUUUUAAACUUACAGUAGGUAAAUCUUUUUUUUUCAGGUGGGUUUCACUACAUUAUUAAUGCAGUGUUUCAAGUUUUUGUGUUUAUUCUUUUGUCUUGAGUUCCGUUUGGGGGCUUUUACUUGCAAAUAGGUCGGAGGGAAAGGGUCAGAAGUCCUAGGGUCAAGGGUUAGAGCUCAUACAAGACUGUAACUAGUGAAUUUGUACAACCAAAGAAGUCUAUUUUGUGGUUCAGGAAUAAUAAAUUUUACUUUUCAUUUAAGAAGCUGAA